AAAUUUGUAUUCUACCCAUUCUAUUUGUGGAUCGACACAGUGAAAGUAUUUGGGUGUAUUUAGGCAUGAGAGCAUCUCCAGGGGCCACUUAACUGGGCGAGCUCUUGUAAGACUUUCAACAAAAGAAGAAAACUGCACUCGCGUUCAUCUGUGCACGCGCAGCAAACCAAAACCAUGCGCAACGGGUAUGAUUUUAGAUGGAUCCUUAUCCUGUCAGCACUGUUUACUUUCAGUGAUGCAUCUAGUCAAACAGUGAACCAGGAGCUUUCAAAUGUUUUCAAUGAGCUCUGGAAGCUGGAUGUGAAUCGCCUGAAGCCUGGGACUCAUUACAAUAUCUCACUGCAGGGCAAAGCUGGUUACAUACCACAGGGAAGCACCAGUGCGGUAGACCACGCCUCAUCCCCACUGUUUACCAGCGUCGAUGAGGCCAAACUGAACUCCAUCACCACGUAUGCACGCUUCAUGAAGCUUUUAGACAACUAUGAGAGGUCUACUGGUGUGGCAGAGAGGGUGACUGCUGAUGAGGUGACUGAAAAUAACUCCUUUCUUGAUGCUGUCUUGGAGACAGCAGUCAUGAAGCGUGCACACCGGUACCUGAUUGGAAAGGGAAAAUCACGCUCUGAUCUGAGACAGUUUAAGAGUCAGUUGUACUACAUGUGGUUCCGCCUUUAUCAUAGAGACAGAAAUGGAGGGGAGGAUUCCAGUGGAUUUGAGCAUGUGUUUGUUGGGGAAACCAAGUUUGGCAGAGAAAUCAUGGGUCUUCACAACUGGGUCCAGUUUUACCUGCAAGAGAAGCAGGAGCUUCUUGAUUACAAGGGCUACAAAGCCAGGGACAAUGAUGCGCCUAAUGAUGACGACCAUGUCUUGAAUGUGCAGUUCAGCUGGCAUGGUUUGGUCAAACCAGUGGCCAGCGCAUUUGUUGGUGUGAGUCCUGAGUUUGAAAUGGCCAUCUUUACCAUCCUGUUCCUCACGUCCACUGAGAAGACCACCACAGCCGUGGUCAAUCUGGAUGAGUACCAGCUGGAGAUGGUGGUGCAUAGACACGGCCGCUCUAUUGGGACCGCUUAUCCCAAACUGCUGAGCAGCAACAACAGACACGUAUAAAUCCCACAUACUGUAUCACCCUGUCCGUAGCUUUCAAGCUUUUUUAAUUUGUAUUUUUUCUAACAUUUUUUAAAAAGAGUUUUUAAAUGCAUAUUGUACUUUUACAUAAGUAGACAUUUGUUUUGUAUUGAAGUCGAUGCUAGAUGCUUGUUUACAUCACUAAUAUGUUUAACAGACUACAGUAUGCUCAUUUACAAAAUUUUGUUUUCGCAGCAAAUAUUUUAUCUCCUCAGAAUUGCUUUCAUACAAUGCUAAUUUCUUAUAUCUUUUAUAUCUGUUUGCCUGUUUUGAUCAUCCUGUUGUUUACAUAGUUGGUAAUGGAAACUAGAGAUUUCACAUUAAAAAUAAUUUUUUGA